GAGCGCCGGGAGUCUGGGGAGGGGGAAGCGCCCGACGGUCGCCUCCGCCACUGCAGUUGCAGCCCCCGAUGUCGCCACAGUAAUCGCCGCCGCGGCAGCAUCCGCACCUUCGGCGGCCGCAGCAUCAGCACCGCAGAGCCGAGCCCGGAGCCCGCCGCCCCGCAGGAUGGCUGCCCCUCCUCCAAGUUACUGUUUCGUGGCCUUCCCACCGCGUGCUAAGGAUGGGCUGGUGGUGUUUGGGAAAAAUUCGGCUCGGCCCAGGGAUGAAGUUCAGGAGGUCAUGUAUUUCUCAGCUGCUGAUCAUGAACCCGAGAGCAAGGUUGAGUGCACUUACAUUUCAAUCGACCAAGUCCCCAGGACCCAUGCCAUUGUGAUAAGCAGGCCUGCCUGGCUUUGGGGGGCAGAAAUGGGAGCCAACGAGCACGGAGUGUGCAUAGCCAAUGAAGCCAUGAAUGCCAGAGAACCAGCCGCGGAGACGGAAGCCUUACUGGGGAUGGAUCUGGUCAGGCUUGGUUUAGAAAGAGGAGCGACAGCUAAAGAAGCCUUAGAUGUCAUCGUCGCCUUGUUGCAAGAACACGGGCAAGGUGGGAAUUACUAUGAAGACGCAGACUCCUGCCACAGCUUCCAAAGCGCGUAUCUGAUCGUGGAUCGUGAGGAGGCCUGGGUGCUGGAGACCGUGGGGAAGUACUGGGCUGCCGAGCAGAUCACAGAGGGAGUGAAGUGCAUUUGCAAUCAGCUUUCACUCACCACUAAGAUCGAUGCGGAGCACCCUGAACUCAGGAGUUAUGCUCAGAGUCAAGGCUGGUGGACGGCAGAGGAUGAGUUCAAUUUUUCUGAAGUUUUUUCUUCAGCUGAUGACCAUCUAGACUGCUGUGCAGGCAAAGACAGCAUGGACCAGAAAGAAGAAAGCAUCACUGUGCAGACUAUGAUUGACAUCUUACGGGACAAAGCCAGUGGAGUCUGUGUAGACUCCGAGUCUUUCCUUACUACAGCCAGUGUAGUGUCUGUUCUGCCUCAGAACAGAAGCUCGCCAUGCAUUCACUACUUCACUGGGACCCCAGAUCCUUCCAGGUCCAUGUUCAAGCCUUUCAUCUUUGUUGAUGAUGUAAAACUUGUCCCCAAAGCACAGUCUCCUUGUUUUGGGGACAACGACCCUGCCAAAAAGGAGCCUCGGUUCCUGGAGAAGCCAGACCGCCGGCAUGAGCUGUACAAGGCCCACGAGUGGGCACGUGCUGUCAUUGAAAGCGACCAGGAGCAGGGUCGCCAGCUGAGAAAGACCAUGCUGGAACUAGAGAAGCAAGGCCUGGAGGCCAUGGAAGAAAUCCUGACCAGCUCUGACCCCCUGGACCCCACCGAAGUGGGGGAUCUUUUCUAUGACUGUGUUGACACGGAGAUUAAGUUCUUUAAGUGAAGUAAGCAUUCCCUUUCCCCUUCUUAUUUAAACGUUCCCACCUUACUAAAUUACCAGCAAAACAAACCACUCUCCUGUGUGAGUAAAAUGAGAAAGUUCAGAUGUGUUAAAGUCACACUCUUGUGUUCUGCCUUGAAGCUCAACAACGACCCCUUCUCCUACCACGUAGCUUCCCUUCUUUUGCAAUGUAACGCGUCUCCAUUAGCCUGUCGUUCGAUUGUAUGACUAAUUGUGGAUUUUCAGCUGCUCUCAUUGCAUCUCAGUGACCGUGGACACAUUAGCCUUCUCACGGAGGACGACGGUUCAUCAGGCCUUGGGAGGGGGCUCCACAGUGCUAAGUGUGCAGGAAAAGCAAAAUCUUUGGAAGUCUUAUUCUUUCUUUCAGUACUGGUUUCUUCUGGGUUAACAAAAGGCCCAGGGCUCUUGUGUGUGUACUUGAGGGAGAAGCUUCCAGGCCUCCCUUCCACAUGGGUGCAUGCCUGUCAUGCAGAGUUCUCCAGAUGUGUCUGCUGAGGGACACAACCAAUGGGGAGGAACAAAGGGGGCCCCUCCGUGGCCCCAGCUCAUCUCAAUUCCCGUGAUCCCCAAGAGUGUCCUCUCUACACCGUGCUUGUGUGCGGGGGGCCCACAGACGGCCCCUGCGCAGGGGAGCUGGUUAGGGGAGUCAGCUAGAGGCACCCACGGUAGAGACUCGGAGGCAGCCACACCGGUGGCUUCCCCGCAUUACCGCUUGGCUCUCCCUGCACAGCAAGCAUGCCCACCCCUUGGACAUGUCUUUGUGGAGAAACGAUUUCGGGCCUGGUGAUGGCCAACUUCUUCAGAAUUAAUUAAAUGGCCCCGUGGCAUAGUUCCGCCCCACAAGGCUGCGAACUUCCCCAGCUAGCGAGGGAAAGAAAAGGAGAAACUCUUGACUGUUUAGAUUUCUGUUAAAGUAGCUGGGAUCUGAGCAGCAACUACAUUAUCUCAGCAGAGACUUUAAUUAAACUGAUUGGUUUCCAACGUCGUGUUCACACGGAGGAUUUGACUUACCACCAGAGCAUAGACGGGCGUGUGAGGAGGACCAGAUGGGCUCAGCAUUGGGAAGACAGAGGGCAAGGAGGUGACAGAUGGAUGCAGAAGCAUUUCGCUGCAGGGUAGCGAUCCAACCCCAGCCUUCCUGCCCAGCUCGUUCAAUCCCACAAAGCUGCGUAGGAUGCAGCUGGCUCUCCCCGCCCUUCCCUUUAUUCCCAGUAGCUGCUCUUGGAAUGAAGGUAGCUGAAGGGGGCAGGUGUAGGGGGGCUUCGCCCCAGCCAUUGAAACUCUCAAGCACUGUGAAAUGCUCUGGGGGCAGGAGAUGAUGAACAGACGAGUAAGCAGGUGUGGCCGCUAGUGGAAGGACGGCCCCUUCCUUACUCCGGCCUCACCCAUACCAGUUGGGCCCAAUCACGCUUCGUCACUGGUAGGAAUUUGCAAGUGGAAAUAUUAUGAGCGUCAGUAAUCUUUGAAGUGACCUAGGGUCAGUGACUCUGCACUGAGAGCGAUGCGCGACAGGCCAGGCGGGCUGGAAGGAAUGUGGUCCCACACACGGAUGUGGGCACGGAGGGCCACGGGGCUUAUCCGAACACAUCUUGUUCUACCAACUUUCCUUUAAGAGUGUGGGUAUCAGAGCGCCACGAGCUUUUGGGCCAGCAGUUUUGUGAAUUCUGUAUGUGAAUUCAUAAACGAUGAGUGGUAGGGAAUGGGAAGGAUGUUUGGGCUGACAGAGUUACCACAGCCGUUUGUGGUGGCUUGUAGUUGCUGAGGCUCAUCCAGGGCUUUCCCUGUUGAUGCAGGGUCUCCUCUUAGAGGGAGUGGCCAUCCUCAGAGCAUCAGUUUACAGAUGCUAAACUUGGGGGGUUAGUGACACAGGUACCUCGCCCCUCCUAAGUCCACCUGCUCGGUGGUUAUUUAAGACAAGGUGAUGUGGAAAGCCACCCUAAAAUUUCACCACGUGGUUUCACCUCCACCUGUUACAGAAACAUUUCAUCAGACCUAACACCUCUGAGAUACCAAGGUGAUUCGGGGUUUUAUCAAAAGAAGUCUAGUGAGACUAAAUUACACAGAGGCCUGCUUUCAUUGUUACGGGCCAAACAAAGGUCAUGGAUCACCCAUCCAGCCUAUGCGUUCCCUAGCCACUGUGAAGUGGGAAAUACAAUGGCUACUUCUGUUAGGGGACAUUUGUCCUGCAUCUCUUACCACGAGGGGGCGUGGCAGCCCUCCAUGGCACAAGCUGGCAGAAGUUCAAUGGGGCCGGGAGGCUUCCCUCCCGCUCGGAGCGGGUCUGCGUACAGUCAAACCCCCAAUAAUAGCAGUGGACGAAUUCUUUGUGCCUUGGGGGUUGUAGGGAAAGACAAGAAGAGAGUAAGGAGUCUGCUGCUGCGGCUGGACUCACUUCUAGUGACUUUUAUCUACUUACGUCAACUGCUUAAAAUAUGUUGUUGGAUUUUGAGCAGGCUGUUGGCAAGAUGUUUCUUUUUAAAUGCUCCUAACAGACUCUGCUUUUGAAAAAUGCUUAUCAUUACGUGGAUGAUUUCUUUACCAGGGAUUGCUUUUCUAAAGGCAGUGUGGGGAAAUGAAUAUUCAAGAUGAACUAUGAAAGCAAUGUUUAAAGGUCAGUGUGUAAAUAAGCUUCCUGAAAUACCCCUGGAGUAUCCAUUAAGACUUGGAUAGGGGAGCUGUGCAUGCUUUGUGCAGAAAGAAGACAUGGCCAGGAUAGAAUUUCUCCCCUAUUCCUAUGCCCCAUGACCAAACAUAAGCUACGUAGUCUUGUUUAGUAGAUGGGAUUUACCAUAGACGAAGACAGCCCUCAUCCCCUAAAGGGGAAAGAGGCUGCAAUGAAAGUAAAUUAGCAAAGCAGAGUAGUGCUCUUCAUUCUUGGAGGUUGGUUUGGAAUUCUAGGUAGAAUUCUAGGUAGAAUAAGGAUAUACUUGAAAUUAUGGUGAUUCUUUAGUGCCCAGUAACAUAAGACACAGUGUUAUUAUUAGGAAGAGUCUUUCUUACAAGCUAACAGAGCAGGUGUAUGCCUAUUAGAUAUUAGCAGUGAAGCUCCUUCACUACUGGGUGAAUCGUUAGGUAUAAAAAAUAAUUGCCAACCAGGCAAACCACUUUGCUCCUUAACUUACAUCAUCCCACAUUGGUACAGGUGUUACACCACUCUGGCUGGCCCAGCAGGGAAGCCAGGUGGGACCAAGGUGUCCGCUAGGAAACCACAAACUGCAUUCUUGUCUGAAGAACAGUUAAGUCAUUCGUAGGGGAGGUGUUCAGCUGAGCUCUCAGCUUUAGGAAGGAAGCACAUGGAAGGAGGAGGGAGGGGAGCCUGGGCCAUUACUGUGUGGCGGGUCACAUGCACGUGCUGUCCCAGCACCACCCUGUGCCUCCCUGUGGCUGUGACAUUUUAUUCUGCACAGUCCCAAGUCCCAGCUCUCCUCCUAUGGCUUGUGUCAAAUGUGCUUUAUCUGACUGACUUCAAACAUUCCGAAAUGUCACAUGCAGAUUUCUCAUGGGAAUGAAUAUGUACAUGUUUGCAAUCAUGUUGUGAGAAGUUAAAUGUGUAAGCUGGAAAAUGCUAUUGGCAGGGAAUAAUAAAAAAGAAAAUCUUUCUGUUUCCUGCAGUGGGAACUGACCGUGUAGUCUUAACAGCCUUUUGUACAAAUAUCUAUGAACCAGAUAACUUCCCAAUCCAGUGCUUGCCUUUGGAAUUGUCUCUAAAUACAUCAAGCAUACAAUAAAAAAAAA